UGUGUUUCAAGGAGAAGUGAUUCUUAUUAUUAUAGACAGAAUUAAUGGGAAAUACAAACUGCUAAGUGCAUGUGUGGGUGUCAAGAAAUCAACUGCAAAACUUUCUAAAACAAAUGAUAAGAGAGAAAGGAAAGGAGGAAGUGCUGAACCAGGUCAGGAACACUUUAUUGAGGAUAAUUGUUGCCAUUUGUUCAUUAUGGAUCAUGCUAUGGCUUGCACAGACAAGGAGCUGAGAAGUCUUGCUUCCCGACUAAAAGAUUGGUUCGGUGCUCUUCAUGAGGAUGCAAAUCGUGUCAUUAAACCAACAAGUUCGGACACAGCACAAGGCAGGUUUGACACCAGCAUACUACCAAUCUGUAAGGAUUCAUUAGGCUGGAUGUUCAACAAACUUGAUAUGAACUAUGACCUCCUGCUGGAUCACUCAGAGAUCAAUGCAAUUUAUCUCGAUAAGUAUGAGCCGUGCAUUAAACCCCUCUUCAACUCAUGUGACUCCUUCAAAGACGGAAAGCUUUCUAACAAUGAAUGGUGCUACUGCUUUCAGAAGCCAGGAGGUCUCCCUUGCCAGAAUGAAAUGAACAGGAUUCAAAAGCUAAGUAGGGGGAAGAGUCUGUUGGGUGUUUUCCUUCCACGGUGCAAUGAAGAAGGAUAUUACAAAGCAACUCAGUGUCAUGGAAGUACAGGACAAUGCUGGUGUGUUGAUAAGUAUGGAAAUGAGAUCGCUGGCUCAAGAAAACAAGGGACCGUUAGUUGUGAAGAAGAGCAAGAAACCUCGGGGGAUUUUGGCAGUGGUGGAUCUGUUGUAUUACUGGAUGAUUUGGAACAGGACCGUGAAGCAGCGAAAAAGGACAAAGAAGGGAAAAUGAAGAUUCAUGUAAGAGCGGCUAAUGAGGAUGAUGAAGAUGAAGAUGAUGAUAAGGAUGAUGAAAUUGGUUAUAUAUGGUAGUUGUCACCGUUCUGAGGACUCAUGUUUUGCACAAUAUUGCAAGUCACUUCAUAUCUCUGCAAUUGUAUCUAAGAACAUCAGGCACAAAAUAUCUCUCCUCUUUGUUUAAUUUUUACAGUAUAUAUCAUUUUCAAGACGGCUUUUUUCCAACUAGCUACUGGUUUGAAUACAGUUAAUUUUUUUUCCUCUAUCAACGGGGCUAUGAGUUGUGUUAGUUUUGUUUAAGCAAAGUUUCAUAGCUUACUCCCCGCCUGCACAGCUUGUGAAAUAUAGUUUAUGGGAUUAAAAAAGAAGAGAGAAAAAACAAACCAGUGCAAGAAUUAAAAGCCCAUUUUAUGUUAUCAACAUUGGAGAAGUUUUGUCAUCAGCUGUUAACUGAAUUUUCUGACCAUGCUAUAAGUAAUUGCUUUUCUUUUAUGCCGUAGGUAAUAUAGAAAAGCAGGUGCCUCAGUUUCUGUCCCGUGUCUGGCACUUGUCACUAAAGAGCAAGUCAUCUGUGUAUAAUAACUUCUGGCUCACUAAUAUUGAUGGUUUUAAGUCAGGAAGAAAUCCAUCAGUAUUUUUCUCACUUGCUCUAAGAAUGAUUACUACAGGCUAAGUUCUGCCCUGAUUGAAGUCAAUGUCAAAACUCCCGUUGGCUGUAAAUGUGCAGGAUCAGGUCAUUGUCACCUCGUUUUCAUAGUAAACAAUAUGAUCUCGAUCCUGAGAGAUGCUGAGCGUCCGCAGCUACCACCGACUUUGAGCCUCGUAGCAGGGGAACAUAAUUUAACCACCUUCCAGAAUGUUGGAAUGUUUUGUAAAUCUAGAUCAUUGUAACCAUUUUCCAACUAACAAAUCUUGGGUUUCUGUUUUAAUUAGUUUGCACUAAGAGUUUGCAAUGUCAUGCAAGCUGCCUCUGUUUCUGAAGUAACACACGCCAAUGUUGGAUCCGCUGGAAAUCCCCUGUUCUUCAUUUACCCUAAGUAACUCCUCAUUUGGAAGCUAGGAAGCUGUCAAAGAUACUCACCAUCAAAAGUAAUAAGCUGUCUCUUCUUUAUUUUAAAUUGUUAAUAUUUAUUUAGUCUGUAUAAAAAACAACCUUAGAUAGUCAUGUUUCCAACUAACAUCUUUUCUGCUUAAUAUGAAAUAUCGUGCACUCCUAAUACACACCUAUAAAAUAGAAGAAUAUUAUUAAAAUUGAAUCCUCUGAUUCUUUAAGCUGUUCCCAUUUAUUCAUAUCUCCACAGCUGUAUCACAGCAUUCUGAAGCUAAAUUAUUUACUUCCCUUCCCCGUUGAAAGUCAUGGGUAAAAUGAAUGUACCAUAUCAUGGCUUUUAUCCCUUUUGUUAUUUUAUCCAGAUUAUCAGAAAACACGAUAACAAUGAGGAGUCAUGGGACAGAAUACGUUUGUUAGCAAUUCAUUUUUGUGUUUAAGAGGACAAAAGUGACCCAUAAUACACCUUUAAUUCCAAAAUCUUUUAGGGUCAAAUGCACCAUGAGGUGACAGGAGUAAUUCCAUUUAAGUUAAUGGAGUUAUACCAGAAAUGAAUUUGGCCUAUAGGCAUUUCAAAGAAACCCUUUAUAGUUCUGUUAAAGACACUACUUCCUUAUGUGAAUUGACUUGCAUUUUCAAAAGCAGCUGAGGGGUGCAGUUUACCCUCAGACCAUUAGUCAAUAUAAGUAGUACUUUGCCUGCUUAUCUAUCUUGCAUGUUCCAUGAUUCAUUUUGGGGGGUGAAUCAUGUCAUUACAAGGUAAAGUUUGCAAAAUGAAAUCUACCAAUAUAAAUGCCAAAUUCCAUUCCAAAAACAGGAUGUUUCACCCAUUUCCUUUGGGUUUCAUGUCCUCGGGCCAGCAGUCUGAAUUUACUGUUCUUGUGACACAUGAGCCCAAGUCAGACAUCCUUCUCAGGAAAAAGAACAGGAGUCCUUGUGGCACCUUAGAGACUAACACAUUUAUUUGAACAUAAGCUUUCGUGGGCUACAGCCCACUUCAUCAGAUGCAUACAUCUAUAGCCCACGAAAGCUUAUGCUCAAAUAAAUGUGUUAGUCUCUAAGGUGCCACAAGUUCUCCUGUUCUUUUUGCAGAUACAGACUAACACGGCUUCUACUCUGAAUCCUUCUCAGGGUGUGCCUUCCAGAUAUACUCUUGGUGUUUGUAUUGUCUAUUAUCCUGUGGGUCUUUAGUGACUGAGGGGGAAAGCAUUGCUUUAAAUGUUUCCAAAUAAAGGCCUGAUCCUGCAAAUUCUUCAGCCCACAUAAGUUUAGGGAUUUGCAGGCUCCAACCCAAAGGUUUCAUACUAGAGAAUCAUACUGUAUGUAUGAUCUUAUUAUGCAAGCCCAACAAAUGGACUCUCUAUGCCUUGUACUGUUUUCCGGGCACCAUCACUGUACCUAUCUGCUAGUAGCUAAGACUUAAAACAUUUUAGCAAUGUAACUUGAAUCUUUGGCUAGAAUUCGUGUGUGCACAAACACACACACACACACAGCUGAAAUACACACUAGCUCCUGUAGUUGACAUUCUAAACUGCAAAAGUUGGUUUUAUUUUUGAAGUCUUGUUUCAAAACCUUUGCCUGCAAUUUCUUUUGAAGAAAGAAAAUUUGCUCAUUACGAACAGAACUUGUCUGAGAGGGAGAAAUAAUUUGUUUCUGCUUAUCUAGGCCGUGUCAAUGUGUGCAGGUGAUUUGAACGUAAAAGGAAAGGCUUCAUUCACACACAUCCAUGGAAUUCACUGGUACAACAAUGCAACAAAAUGGGGAAAGCCCCUUGACAACGGGAAUUGUGAACAUCAAAUGAGCUUAUAUUUCACUGUUUCAAACGCAGCUUGUUAUAGGGACUUAGUUGUUUCCAGCUCUUUUAUUCUCUGUUUGUCUGGAGUCAUGACCUGAACGUUGUUGAAGAGCUGGACUGGAUGAUUGGUGUUAAUAGAAAAGGAAGCAGACAGUAUAUCCACUGGGAUUUGGUUUGCUCUUUGGUUUUUUUGCGGGAAAGCGGUUGGCAGCUAAGGCAAUUGGUGGAAACCCUACAGUCCAUUCUGAUUCCCCGUUUAGGGCACGAUGGAGCUUUUACCAGCCCUGAGUAUGGAGCAGCACGUAGCCUCCGUGGCCCCGGAGCAGCCCCCAGAAAGCACUGUGCCUUCAGAGGCACUACACAUAAAAAUAAAUAAAUUAAUUAAUGGAGAUAUCCCAUCUCCUAGAACUAGAAGGGACCUUGAAAGGUCAUUGAGUCCAGCCCCCUGCCUUCACUAGCAGGACCAAGUGCUGAUUUUGCCCCAGAUCCCUAAAUAGCCUCCUCAAGUAUUGAACUCACAACUCUUGGGGUGUGUCUACACUGCACUCUAUGCACAGGGCGUGACUCAGGUUUGAGCCCAAGUGCCCUGUCUGUCCAUACAUCAAUGAAUCUGACUCAGGCCAGCAAACACUCAGGACCAGGUCCUAGGACCCUGCUAGGGACUGUGCCUCAGUCCAACCCCUGUCAUUUUGCAGUGUGGAUGCAGCUCAAGCCACAGACAUGCAGUAUGGGUGCAUUAGCACAGCUAUGAGACCUGGGUCCAGCAAUUGUAAGCCCAGUUGUACAAUGCAGUGUGAAUGCUCAAGCAUGGGUUUGGAAAUACACAAGCCUGGUUCCCACAGAUUCAGGUUUACAAUGCAGUGUAGACAUACCUUUGGUGCCCAUGCAGGAGGAGAGUACUGUUUAGCCCUAAGCAGACAGCAUGACAUGGCCUCCAGAUGCGCUCUCAGGCCGCAGGAGAAUCCUGCAAUGAAGUUCUCGUUAUGCUAAAAUUGGGGGUGGGGAGGGUUGUUUUAGGGGGUUGUGUAUGUGGCAAGAAAUAAUAAAUGCAGCCACUAUUUUGCAUGAUCCAGAUGAUUCUGUCCUGUCUGUGUUACUGGUGAGUUGACUUCUUUAUUUGACUUUAAUGUUUAUAAAUCGCUACCAGAUGAGCCUAAGAGACACAAAGAUGGGAAGCCCAUUCUGCUCUGCUGUAAAAUGAGCGACAAGAACAGCAACAAAAUGGGCCUGGUCCUGACCUCAUUUAUACUGGUGUGAAUCAGCAGCCAGACCAUUGAUUUUACUGGGGUUAGAUGGUAUAAAACUGUUGUGAAAUCAGCAGCAUUCCCAGUGUGUUCCAGACCAAACUAGUGAUUUGGAACAACCUCGGGAAGCUGGGCUUUGACUCCUUUUAUUUUGCUUCCAUCUCUUGAAAAUCACUUUUUCUAAAUUACAGACCUUGAAAAGAAUUCUUUUCUCCUUGCCUUGGAGAAAAAUGAUGGCGAUUUGCAAAAGGAACAAACACAGCUUGUAGUUCGACAUCAUUGUUCCUUGUAGUGACCCUUGAGCACCAUCAAUAUCUUGCAUCUCGCACAUCAGGGCUGGCUUCAUUCUGGGACUGAUUUUAAUCAGAUGAAAUCUCUGGUUUUGCCCACGGCCUUUCCCAAGCUUAUGGUCUUGCCAUUUCACUGACACCAGGCCUCACCAUCAAAGCAGAAGGGGCACCCCACUGUGCCAUGAAAUCAAGGGGGUAUCCACAAUCAUUAAGAACUAUCACACGAAAGCUGACACCAUCCCAACAUUCUGCUAGUGCUAAACUCAUCCCAGGGCAGAUGGCUCCUACACCGUGCUAUGCACCACAUAAAGCCUGGAGAGUCAAAUCUUCUGCUCCCCUUACAGCCUGUAUAAUCAGGUACUGUUCAGGAGAAGCACAGGUGGGUAGGGAAGAUCCGAGCAGUGGCUGCAGCCUCUCUGCUCCAUUUGCACAGGGCGUCAGGUUAUUGCAUCCACACACAUACAGAUCCUGUAGGAUCCUCUUUCAUUCCCUACAUGGUUUAAAUAUUGCCUUAAAUAAAUGCAAUCAGUCUUACAGCUUAAUUGAACAGGCACUCUGGCCACUCCAAUGCCAGCAGGUCUUCAUCCUCAUUCUCUCUAGUGCUCGGGCCUCAUCCCAUAGCCUCUUCUCACCUGACUCUUCCAGGUGAGACUGGCUGCAUUUAUUUUCAGCAAAUAGGAAGUAAUCAACAUAAAAGCGAAUGCAUUACAGUCCAAGACCUGUGUUCGGAUGUACCUGCACAAGUCCCAUCAGAGUCAAUGGGGUGUUGCGUGUACAUCUGAAGGCAGAAUCCGGCCUUGAACAACUUCUGCUGUAGUUCCCUGGGUGACACUCAACUUGGUCUGGAGGGCUUGUGCGAAGCUCUUUGCCCCAGUUCAGCUCACAGGCCCUGGUUCAGGAAAGCAUAACUUUAAACACAUGCUUACCUGCUUUCCUGAAUGGAGGUUGUAAUUUGAGAAGAGUAACGUCAUUAUCUAGUGUAGUAGAGUAGAAAUACAACGUAGCACGUAAAAUACUAUACAAAUUGUAUAAAAGAAUAAUGCCCCCUAUUUUGGUAAGAAUUGUUUAAGGCGGAGCCGCAUGCUUUGAGAAAAGCAGCUGAGAAUAUGUCUGGAUCCGGGGGCAGAUCCCCAGCUGAUGUAAAGCUCCACUGAAGUCAAUGGAGCGACGACAGUUUCCACCAGCUGCCACCUGGCAAAUCAACUUGCUCAGGAGAAUAAUAUAAUUUUGCCAAUCACAGUUUCCCACCGAGUAUAGUAACUCCUGAUUUUUAACUUUUUGUUAUCUUAUUACUGCUGCUGUUAGAUUAAGACAGCAGUGAAAGUACAUGCCAUUAACAGUGGAAUGACAAAGCAGAGUUCUUUCUAUUGAUUUUUUUCUCCACCGAUUGUAGAAGAUGCUUUAAGAAGAUAUCCCAGUUUAUUGAAGUAGUAAAGCAAUGAGGCAUUCAGGGCACUGUAUCCAGAGCCAGUGGCCGUUGCAAACUGCAACAGAAUUAAACAGCCCCUUUCUCAGGCUUCUCCUGCAUGACAAUCAGGAGGUUUGUAGGGAGCAUUUCACUUGCUUCUGGCUAGAUUUAAUUCCCAUUUUUGUUACAAAGUCAAAUAUUCCACUUGCCUCAAAUUGUUGAGCUUCCAAAUGUUUUCUCAUUGUGAAAGAUGGAAACAGAGGAGCUCCAUUAUUUAAAGAUGGAGACUAAUUUUAUCACAUUUCCUUUACAGAUGAAAGAUUAUGAAACAUCAUGAAGUAUUGCUUUAUGUUUCCAAGUGUCCUUUUCACUAGUAUUGUUAACUCAAAAUAUCCCUUGAGUUCAGUUUCCGACACGAUUUUUGUUGUUGGCAUCUUCAUGAACACUAUGAGUGCAUCGAAAUAUUUUGGCUAUUGUUUUAACCCAUUUUCUGUGUUUAUUUAAUAUUUAUUCUACAGUUUAUAUUUCCAAUGUAAAGUUUAUAUUGAAAACAACACAGUUUGUUAGUGAAAGCUUCUCUUUGCCUAUCCAGCCUACUCUAGAGUCACAGUGUACUUUUCUGGCAUAGGAAUAUUUUAAUAUUUGCAUGUUUUUUGCAGAAUUUUCCCACCCAGGCAGCAAAUGACAUAAGAUCUAAGGUCAUCAUUUGCUACAGACCACCAGAUCUCUCAUGCUUAGCUUGUUACACUUUUUGGCUUUCAUUGCAGUCUGUUCUGUAUGCCAUUCUUGUUUCUUCAAUACAUAGACUGCUUUGUACAGGUACUAUACAUGAAAAAGCCCUUUCUACAGUAGGUGGGUUUUGGUCUUUUUAUACUUUUCUCAAUGCUGCUGAUAUCCGUUACUGUUAAAUGUGAUGUGUUGUAAGGAGAGAUCCAAAUAUUACGUGUUUAAGUUUGAUGUCCCUACUGUAGAUGGAAUGUAGGCUAUCAUAGUAAAUUAGAUUAGCAUAAUAAAUUCUGAAUGCUUUUUCCAUAAGGAGUUAACUGGAAUGUGAACAUUUUGCUAACCUCCUUUGUUAACUGUAAAUGCUUAAUUGUAGUCCUAAAUAGUUAAAUUUUUGUCUGUCUCAAUAAAUUUUAAUUUGUCUGCGA